CAAGCAGGGAUAUCAAAAAUAAACCCCCGUCAUGUCCGAGGGAAGAGCAAGACGUAUAAAUACCCCUGAUGUGUCCAGACUGCAGUGCUGUUCAGAGGAACACAGAAAGAUUUCCGCAGACAGUUCAUAGACAGAGCGCUGCCUGGGAGUGCAGGGGAUUUAAGGAUAAUAGUCCCUGGACUGGACUGGGGAGGACGCACAGCUUCCUAAACAUCAAGCUGUAUUUUCCUCAUGGCAGCUCUCUGCGUUUUGUGUCAGAAGAUGCGCGUCACGCCGCGUUUCGUCUCUUUGCUCCUCUGCCUAGUUAACGCAGCACUUGCCUCCCAGUUUGAGUGGGAGGAUGUUGUACCUGUUCGGAUUAACGGCAGAGUCGGCGGCCGCUUCUGGAAGAGAAGCGAAGAGAACCCCAUUUUCACCCUGAACGCGUUCGGCAGGAACCUGACUCUGAACCUCAUCCCAGACUCCAGCUUUCUGUCGCCGGCCUUCAACAUCCAGGGCGUCAGCGCCGGAUACACGGCCACUUUACGCAGCGCUUCAGGUGCCCAGCCCGAGCUGCGCUCUGACCACAAUGGCUCCAAGAACCGGACACAGGAGAUCGAAGGACGCCUGCGGAGAUGCUUCUUCUCCGGAAACGUCGGUCAGGACGAGAACUCGCUCGUAGCGGUCAGCCUGUGCUCGGGCAUCUUCGGCUCCUUCAUCACAGAAGGGAAGGAGUAUCUGAUCGAGCCCAAACUCCGCAGCGGCCAGCGGCCGGACUCUGCAGAGCAGCUUCAUGUGAUCAGAAGGAGGAUACUCGCCGAGAACCUCGGAGUUCCCCUCCUGCUUACUGGCGCUGCGGAGACGCUCGGAGCGGAAAGUUUUACGCGCGGCGGCAGUGAUGCACGGAGGGAAGCUCGCCGGAGACGCUUCGUUUCAGAGCCACGCUUCAUAGAAACCCUGGUCGUAGCAGACUCGACUAUGACCCACUUCUAUGGAGAUGAAAUAAAGCACUAUGUCCUCACCCUCAUGUCCAUGGUGGCCCAACUGUACAAGCACCCCAGCAUCAAGAACUCAGUGAACAUAGUGGUGGUGAAGAUGUUGGUGGUGGAGGACGAGGAGGCUGGACCGGAGCUGUCCAGCAACGGAGGCGUAGCUCUGCGCAACUUCUGCUCCUGGCAGCAGCUUUUCAACCCACCGAGCCAGAGGCAUCCUGAGCACUACGACACGGCAAUGCUGUUCACCAGAGAGGACAUCUGUGGACAGAAGAGCUGUGACACGCUGGGUGUGGCAGAUGUUGGGACGAUGUGCGAUCCCAAGAGAAGCUGCUCAGUCAUCGAGGACAAUGGCCUGCAGGCCGCCUUCACGACUGCGCAUGAGCUCGGCCAUGUGCUGAGCAUGCCCCACGACGACUCCAAGACUUGCGAAAAGCUGUUCGGAGAUCUGGGAGGGCAUUACCUGAUGGCCCCUCUGUUUGUUAGUCUCAACAAAUCGGCACCGUGGUCUCCCUGCAGCUCUCUUUACAUCACUGAGUUCUUCGACAACGGCCACGGAGACUGCCUCCUGGAUGUCCCGGAGAGCACCAUUCCCCUGCCACCAGAGCUGCCGGGUACGGUCUACAACCUGGACCAACAGUGUCAGCAGAUUUUUGGGGAGGAGUUUGUCCACUGCCCCAACACGUCAGACAGCGACAUUUGCAGCCAGCUUUGGUGCCGAGAGGACGGUACAGGGCAGUGUUCCACUAAGAACGGCAGCCUGACCUGGGCCGAUGGCACUCCUUGCAGGUCCAAUGGGACCUGUCUACAUGGAGCAUGCAAGAUGACAGAGGAAGUGAUACAACCACUGAGGGCUGUGGAUGGCAGCUGGAGCUUAUGGGGACCAUGGCAGCAGUGCUCCAGGACCUGUGGAGGUGGGGUGGAGUUCUCCUACAGGGAGUGCACUGAUCCUGUGCCUCAGAAUGGCGGGAAGUACUGUGAGGGACAGAGAGUUCGAUACCAGUCCUGCAACACAGAGCCUUGUGACGCCAGUGAAGGUAAAAGUUUCAGAGAAGAGCAGUGUGAGAAAUACAACAGCCCCAACUACCUGGACUACAAUGGAAAUGUCAAACAAUGGAUCCCAAAGUAUGCAGGAGUUUCCCCCAGAGACCGCUGUAAGCUGUUCUGCAGGGCCAGGGGCAGCAGUGAGUUUAAAGUAUUUGAGUCAAAGCAGGUGAUUGACGGGACAACCUGUGGCCCUGACACCACAUCAGUGUGCGUUCAAGGCCAGUGUGUGAAAGCAGGCUGCGACCAGGUGAUAGGAUCUAACAAGAGGGUGGAUAAGUGUGGAGAGUGUGGAGGAUCUGGGCUCAGCUGCAGAAAGAUAACAGGCUCCUACAACAAAGGAAUCUAUGGCUACAGCGACAUUGUCACCAUUCCCAUUGGUGCCACCAACAUUGACAUCAAGCAGAGGAGCCAUAGAGGAAUCAAGCAUGAUGGGAACUACCUGGCUGUGAAGCGAGAAAACGGAGCGUACAUCCUCAAUGGUAACUUUUCCGUAUCCACAGUGGAGCAGGAUAUUCCCAUACUGGGAGCUGUGCUGAAGUACAGCGGAUCCUCCACCACAUUAGAGAGGAUCCAGAGCUUCAGGCAGCUGAAGGAAGCCAUAACCAUCCAGGUCUUGGCCACAGGAGGGGAUGCCAAUCCCCCCAAGAUUAAAUAUACCUUUUUCAUCCCUAAGGACAUAGCAUUUAACAAAUCUAAAGAGAAAAAGGGCUUGUACUUGUCUCUGCAUAUGAUCAGCGAUGUCUCUGACUGGGUGCUGGGAGAGUGGUCUGAGUGCUCCAAGAGCUGUGGCUCUGGGUGGUCAAGGAGGAGCAUCGAAUGCAGAGACGGCGACGGCUUCUUCUCCAGCCAAUGCGACAGGGAGCUGAAGCCCACAGACAUCCGGCCUUGCGGAGAUGCACCGUGUCCCAUCUGGCAGAUGGGUCCUUGGUCUGCCUGCUCACGAACUUGCGGUCAGGGCGAGCGCCGCCGCAGUGUGUUCUGCAUAGACUACAAGGGGAAGACUGUUGAACCAGAGAUGUGUGAUCCAAAUAAAAUCCCAGAGCCAGUCUCUGGGCAAUGUAACAACCAUGACUGCUCAUGAAAAACAUGAUUACAAUGAACAGUCUUUAUUUUUUUUUUUUUGGUCAGAGUGCACAUACAAAUCAUGGAUGGGAGCAAAAGUAGCAGACAUUUUGGAACAAACAGCUAUAGAUAUUGGUGAUUACCAAGAAAUACAAGAAGACCUGGACUCUACAUUUUAGAGAAAAGUCUUCAACUUUCAACUAAAAAGAAAUGAUAAACAACUAAAAUGUAAAACCGCCUUGGUUUUAUUCCUAAGAAUUAUUUCUAAGAUAUGAGCAUUAUUGAAGGGGGUUGGAUGAACUUAUGUUGAUAUUCCCAGGAAUAUCAACAUAAGUUCCAGUCCCAGUCCCACUAUAAUUUGUCUUUUGUUAACAUUUGACAUCCACUAUUAAGAUUCGGAACAGUGACAAUCUACCUCAGGAUGCACAUGUGAUGCUAUGUGUAAAUGCUAGUUUUUGAUGUAGUGUGUGUUUUCUUUAGAAUGAAAUUCAAAAGCAAAGAAUUAACUUCAGGAAUAAAUUUGGCAUAAUUUGCCAUUUGUUUUCUAGAUUUAGGUGCCACUGUGAGUCCAAAACAUUAGCAAGAGCCAACACACAGUCUGUAUAUCCUGGAGAAUUUCGAUUGGACAAUUAAGACAUGAGGCUAUUUAAGCCUUGGGGAAAAGUGUUAAUCUUGAUUAAAAUCAGAUCUGAGUGAAUUCACCAUGAUGAUAAUGUCAGUUCCUUCAAAACCAUCCAUUUCAUACCCUUAUUUAUAAACCACUGCAUCCAUAUUUCCUAUGGAGAUGGACAUAAAAAUCCUCAAAUCUCAUGUUUAAUUUAAUGUAAUUUCAUAUCAUCUCCUGAAAACUUUUCAUCUGGCCAUAUUUUUGUAGUUAUCCCUAUUUUUGCCUAUCAGCUUUUAUAAAAUGUGACAAAUUGUAACCUCUGGUCAACCAUUGAACAAAUGCUUUCCUAUUGAUAGAAAUUAUUCAAGAGAAUCAUAAAACUGCAUUAUUUUAAAAUUCUUAUCUUCCCACCCUCACCAUCACCAUGUAGGUACAAACUUUUACAUGAUUUGUGAAGAAUAACUAAAACUAUAAAGGUACAAAAAGAUUAUUCAUGACUCUGUUUCUGGCAGAACAUGCAGUAUAAUUAUAAAAGAAAGUCAAUCAAUGAAAAACUAAAAUUCACUGUUCAUAACUAGGGCUUGCACUAAAAGACUUUUGCUGAAAAAAACAAUUUUUUUCUACAAGUUAUUAUAUUGUGGAUUAUGUUUUCGGUGUUCUUCCAGUUUAUUGUUUUUUUUUUAUUAAUUCUGAGCCUUCACCAAACAAGACAGACUUAGUCCAAAGCCACAGAAGCUGAAAUUAUAAAAACAUGAAUUUGUUCCAAUUUAAACAUUGUGUGAAAUGUGUAAUCUUUAUUACAAAUACAAGACAUCCUCUAUCUGGUAGUUUGAGUAGUGAUGAAAUAUUUAUUGCAACAAAUCUUUUUUUCUGUUCCUUUAUGUCUUAUAGGGCUAAGUGAUAAACAUGAUAUCUUUGUUGAUUUAAAAAAGUACUGCUAAUUUAAUUUUCUUUCAGACUUUGUGGUCAUUUCUGACUCCUGUAUGUAUAUUUAAUGUAUUCAUUCCUUUUGUUAACUUACAGUAUAAGAUAAAAGAAAUGGGAUGCAAGGCUGAUAUUCCUUCAAUGAAGGACAAUGCUAAAGUAUUGUUACAGCUUUCUAAGCUAUUUAUUUUUGUAAAGUUUUUACUUUGAAUAUGUAAUUAUCAUGGUAUAUGCUGCUGUCUUUGAAUGUUGUUAAUUUUUUGUUUGUUCAUAAAAUGGUUAAAUAAACACAUUUAUGUUAA